AGCCACUAUGGUGGGAAGCUUUAACUACAAAUCCUUAUGUCACUUGAGCAACUCUAUUUAAGCAGACGUGAUGAAGAAUUACGAGCACAACAAUAUAAUUUUUUUCUCGAAACUCAACUUUUGAAAUACUAACACGAUGUCGGACGGCGAAAUUGUUCUAUAUCCCUGUCAGGGAAGUGGCCACUUAGUCUCCAUGGUUGAGUUUGGCAAACUCUUUCUCUCAAACCACCCUUCUUUCUCAAUCUCCAUCAUUAUCCCCACUGCACCAUUCGAAACCACCGCCACUCACGACUAUAUAGCCACCGUAUCCACCGCCAUACCCUCCAUCACCUUCUAUCGCCUCCCACCCGUCGUUCCCCCUCAAAAUGCUCUCUUUUCUGCAAAAGAUUUCCCAGCCCUAGCUUACCAGCUUGGUCAACUUAACAACCCUAAUCUCCAUGAAACCCUCUUGGCUAUUUCCAAGCGCUCAAACAUCAAAGCCUUUGUUAUUGAUUUCUUCUGCAACGCCUCGUUCCAAGUCUCGUCAAGUCUCAACAUCCCAACGUAUUAUUUCUUCGUCUCUGGAGCAAACAACUUUUCUCAUUUUAUUUACUUCCCCAAGAUUCAUAGAAAAUUAACCCAGAGCUUGAAAGAUCUAGACGACAUGAAAUUAGAUGUCCCUGGCUCACCGUCCAUUAGAGCAAAAGACAUGCUGCAGCUAACACUUGAUCGUGCGAGUUAUGAGUAUCAAUGCUUCGUGGAAACUGCCAUCAACAUGACAAAAUCUUCAGGGAUAAUAGUAAACUCGUUUGAAUUGUUUGAAGAAAGGGCUUGUAAAGCACUAGCCAAUGGAGAAUGUGCACCAGACGACUCUAUGCCAGCCGUAUAUUUCAUAGGCCCGGUGGUGAAUGAAAAGAAUGACGGUGGUGAUAAAGUAAAACACGAGUGCCUGAGUUGGCUUGACAAUCAACCGAGUCAAAGUGUAGUGUUUUUAUGUUUUGGAAGCAUGGGAGUUUUCUCUACAAAGCAGUUGAAAGAAAUUGCAAUCGGUUUAGAAAGAAGCGGCGUUAGGUAUUUGUGGGUGGUGCGUACUCCACCGCCGAACGAUGAGACAGUGGAAAAGUUAGCAGAAACUGAUCCAAGCAUAGAGUCUUUCUUGCCGGAAGGCUUUUUGGAGAGGACAAAAGAUAGAGGACACGUAGUGAAAUCAUGGGCGCCACAGGCGGCUGUACUGAGUCAUGACUCAGUAGCCGGGUUCGUCACUCACUGUGGUUGGAACUCAGUUCUGGAAGCGAUGUGUGCUGGGGUGCCUAUGUUGGCUUGGCCAUUGUACGCAGAGCAAAAAAUGAGUCGAACCUUCUUGGUGGAGGAGAUGAAGGUAGCCUUGCCAGUUAAGGCGUCAGAGGAGGGGUUGGUGAGUGCAGCCGAGUUAGAGAAACGAAUCACUGAAUUGAUGGAGUGGGAAAAAGGUAAAGCAGUAAGGGAGCAGGUCAAAGUAAUGAAAGAGGGAGCUGCAGCGGCCACUAGCGACGGUGGGUCAUCUCGUGUCGCCUUAGCCAAGUUAGCCGAAUCAUUUAAACAAGGUUGACUAAGUCAACGUGGUGGACAAACCCUCUUGAAAUGAGUCUACUGACCGGUUGAUCGGUAGAAAUGUGUCUAUUUUAACAUAGCAUUUUAAUCGUGAUGACUUGAAGAUUAGACCGUACAGAUGAGGUCAUUUUAAUAAUAAUUAUUUAAUCUCUAUUAUUAA